GUGAGGGAGUCAUCACAUGUUCCGUGUAGUUAGCGCGCAGUGAGAGAUCACUGAGAGAAUAAAGUGUGAGAUCUUCAUACAGACAUACAGAGAUCUAAGUGUUCACUUUACUCUCACACACACACACACACACACACACACACACACACACACACACACACACACACAUUUAUAGCUGCAGGACCUCAUGAAACGAAAUGAACCAGGAUCGACAGAAUCGCAAGGAGGAGAUCCAGAAAGCUCUGGCUUUUAUUCAGUCCUCACUGCCGUACCCGGACCCAGACGGAUAUGAGGGUUUCCUCAUGCAGCUGGUGUGUAACCUGUUGGAUGAAGGUAACGCGGCGUUCCGAGAAGGAGACUGGACGCUGGCUCGGGGACACUUCAGCGAGGGCGUGAGCGUGGCGAAAUACGCUCAGGGAGAAGGAGUGACCGUUCCUGCGGCGCUGCUCGAGAGCCUUUACGUGAACAGAGCCGCGGCGCAACACAACAUGGGGGAGUUGGAGGCGAGUGUGAGGGACUGUGACAGCGCUCUGGGCGUGGCUAAGGGCAGCGGCAGGGCUCUGUACAGGAAGGCCGUGUGUCUGAAGGAGCUCGAUCGACUGAACGAGGCGUACGAGUGCAGCACGGCUUGCCUGAUCACAUCACCACAGGAUGAGAGGGUGAAGGAACUGGCUCAGGAUUUGGCAAACAGACUGGACCUGAAGACACGUAAAGCCUACAUUGGUGUGCAGGUCAGUAACGUUACCACCAUGAUGCGACGUGACGUGGCUUACGAUGACGUAAUCCGUGUUCCUGUUCUUCGACAGGGCGUAAGCGAGACUAACGGAGAAAACAUGCUCCCUCUGGAGCAGAUCUCGAACGGGAUCGAUGGCUUGUGUGAUGUCGCAGCAUCAGCAGGUGUAUCUGUGAGCUCGUCCUCCGUCCUGUCCGCUCCGGUCCCUGUGAGUGAAGCCACAGACGAUUCAGCUGUGUGUCUGUCAGUACCCGUGUCUGAGCAGCUGGGGGACUGUGAUCUGGUGGGGGACGAGCUGGACACCCUGCUGGACUGCGUCUCCAAGCAGGAACAGCUCCCACAGACUCCGUCGAAAGGCAGCGUCGUCCCUACUCAUGUCCCAGCGAUGGGUCUGGGUCCGUCAUUCUCUCCUCUCCUCCCUGCCCCGUCUCCGUGUCUUCCUCCUGCGUUCUUUUCCUCAGCCGUCACUCAUCUGAACACGCUGGACUCGUUCAGUGAGACGAGUCACGACCCGUCUCUGACGGUCAGACCGCUGGAUUCGCUCGACUCCUUCUAUCAGGGCUCAUCUCAGGGCUCAGUGUCUCAACAAGCUCCUCUAGUGGUGGGAGGAGAGGGGCUCGAUUCACUCUCAGAGUUCACGCUGCCUGGUGGUAAAGUCUCUUCCAGUUUUCUCCCUCCAGUGAAGAUCCGAAGCUCCUCAAACUGUGUGAACACUGUGUACACGAACGGUCAUGUGGCAUCCACCUUAUCCCAGCUCUCCAGAAACCCUCUUGAACACACGCACGACUUCACUCAAGCCUGUUCCGUCUGCUUUAAACGUACAGGUGCAGGUGUGCUGGACUGUGAGUACAGACCUGAUUUGUCUCACAGCUGUAAGAAAGACAUCCUGCUGUGCAGGAAAAGGGGCGGGGUCACACCACAUUGGAGGCGUGUCCGGCCACGCCCAGCUCGGAGCAACUUCCAGGGUCCUUAUGUGCUCUGUAAAGAGGUUCUAGAGUGGCAGGACUGUAAAUACGGAGAGGCCUGCACCUUCGCGUACUGCCAGGAGGAGAUCGAUGUGUGGACGCAGGAGAGGCGGGGCUUACUGACCCGGGAGCUGCUCUUCAACCCGCUCUCCUUCAAUCAGAGACAAGCGCUGAGCGUCAUCCGACUGCUGACUCUACACGGGGGCAUGUUCAUGUUCCUCUGUGAGGCCUGUUUUGACGGUAGACCCAGGACCAUCAGUAAGCGCUGUAAGGAGAAUCCGUCCCUGUGCUCUAACAUGGACUCGCACCAUCAGUUCGACCGAAACAAGUGUUUGGUGCACGUGGUGAAGAGCAGCAGCAGUGUGUGUUACAGUAAGAUCAGGCCCCUCAGCACUCAUCGGCAGUUUGACGUGUGUCGUCAUGAGGUGCGUUACGGCUGCCAGCGCGACAAAAACUGCAGCUUCGCUCAUUCACUCAUAGAGCUCGAGUGCUGGAUCCUGCAGAAAGAUCAUGGCACCACUCAUGAAGGUAUUGUGCAAGAAUCUAAGAAGCACUGGCACAAGCAGAGACCAGUAAAUAUUUCCCAGAUCAAUGGCACUGUAUUUAAAGGGGAGGGGCAGAGCAAGGGGGUGGAGUCAAACGGGAAGGCGUGCCCUGACCGGUCAUCGGGAGCGGGAGGCGUGUCGGGGGUGAAAGGUCACGAUCUGCGUCUGACAAUGAAGUUUGUGUGCGGUCAGUGCUGGAGCGUCGGACUUCCGAGUGAAGCGGACAAAACACACAAGUACUGCAGCGCUAAAGCACGACACAGCUGGAUUAAAGAACGAAGGGUGCUCCUGGUGAAGUCUUUAGACCGAGAGAAGUGGGUGGCUGUGCGACCUUUGCCCUUUGCCAAGACGUACCCUCAGCAGUACGACAUCUGUGUGCACGUGCUGAAGGAGAAGAAGUGCCACUACAUCGGGAACUGUUCUUUCGCUCACAGCCUGGAGGAGAAGGAGCUGUGGACCUACAUGAAGAACACUGGCUUGCGGGACCUGCAGCAGGUCUACGACACCUGGUGGACGGCGACCAAUCAGAACAAGCGCUCCGACGGCUCUUCGGCGUCCCAGUUCGGAGAGGAGAAGCAGAUCACCAUGCCGACCGACUUGGCAGAAGCCAACGACGGUUUACACUGCCGCCUGUGUGGGAAGCAUAGUAACAGCGAUCGUCAGUGGCAGCAGCACAUCUUGUCUGAGAGACAUAAAGAGCGAGUCCUGAGCGGAGCGGGAGAGGAGGAGAGUCUCACCUGGAUACACCGCUUCCCCGGACCCUACUUCUCCAUCUGCCCCAGGUUUGAGCGCGGCUGUGCCGAGGGCGUGAGCUGCGACUAUGCCCACGGCGAGGAGGAGCUCCAGGAGUGGCGCAAGAGGCGGGACUUCCUGCGCAGGAGGCUGGAGAGAGCGCGAGCUGAGCAGCUCAUAGCCCUGAACGACUACGACUUUGGGAAGUACAACUUCCUCCUGCAGGACUGAGAGAAAACACACACACACACACACACACACACACUUCUGCAUUCAAGUGCCAUUCAUUCAUUUAUAUAUAUAAAAAAUUUUCAACCUGCUGGUAGAUGUUUGCAGAGUCUCGACCCAGUUCCGGUUCUGGUUCUGCAAUAUCCCAUUUGUGUUUAACACCCGAGUGCCUCUUGAGCCUCCCUUUAGAUUAGGGACCCUACAAUCCAUUCCUUUUCAUUAAGACAUGAUCACUUGUGUUUUUCAAGGCAAGCCACAUCACGUCACAUCUACACGCUGCCCGGCUUCAACACGUAACACCUCCAGCACCAGGUUUAGGGUCCAGUUCUGUUCUCCAGGAUGCUCACUAGAACUUGCAGUAACUAGCAGAUAUACAAACGAACCACACGUCCGUCUCGCUCUUAUUACCAUGCAGCACGAUACUCAGAUCAGCAGAAACGGCGGUGAUGAUGAUGAUGCCAGAGAAUGAGUUUAAUUCUGUUAUACUGGUUUGUUUUUUUAUCCCCCUCACCACCACCACCACCACUACCACAUGAUCCUGACAUUUCAAUGAGUCUAAACCCAAAUUCCUUUUUUUUUUUUCUUGCUUUGUAAUUCUAGUCUUUUACAAAACACACAAAAUUAACAAACAAACACACGCAUUCUGAACCUUCAUCCCACCAUAGAGCUUCAGUGGUUAAGCCUCUGGGUUACUGUUUAGAAGGUCAAUGUUUCAAGCCCAACUAUCGCCAAGCUGCUACUCUUGGGGCCCCUGAGCAAGGCCCUUAACACUCAUCAUUGCUGACCCUGUUCUCUGACUCCAGCUUCCGAUCUACACUCAGUGCAAACAAAAGAAAGCGUGUAGUCCUGUGUGAAUCUUCUGCCGUUUCUGUGUCAGUUGGUGACACUUGGCGUCAGUUGGCAUCGUUUGGGGUCCGUUGGUGACAGUUUGCCUCUGUUGGCAUCGUUUAGUGUCAGUUUGCAUCUGUUGGCGUCAGUUGGCGUCUGUUCCCGUCUGGUGGUAUCUGUUGUCGUCAGUUGGGAUCAGUUGGUGACUGUUUGUGUGUGCACAUGCUGAGGGAAUUCCAGAAGGUCUCAGACGGCCUCGGCUGUAAGAUAGUCGUGACAGAUGUCGCUAAACCCAAAUAAACAUCAGCUCUCAGGAGGAGACGAGACAAUCAUGUGUUUCAUCUCCGCCGUCCCGGACCUGUUUAUUCUCAGAGCUCCAGCUCUCACUUUUAACCCGAGCAGAACCAAAUACAGGAGAACCAGUGAAGUGAAGGGCAUGAGUAAUAGUCUCACACACACACACACACACACACACACACACACACACUGGGCGUUUGAUUAUGGAGCGGUUCUGCGAGUUUCUCAUCUUCAAUCUUCAAAUUUAAUGGACUCCUGUAGCUAUACACCAGUUUGGCAUCAUCUCACGCAGCUUUGUGGUGGUGCUCAGUGUCUCACACACGUUCAGAUGCCUCCUGCAUGGCUGAAUAUCACGCUCUCAUCUAUAGGAAUCGGACAAAGAACAAUCGUAAAUGGAUGAAACGCCACCGAAUGUCGCCAAAUCGCAAACGCUGUUGAAUAUUUUGGAAUAAAAACAGAAACUGGUAGCUGUAACCCCCUCGAGCGUCUACAGAGAAAUGAUUUACAGGAUCAAUUUGGCUGGAAUUGUUCUUUUCGUUCUUUUCUUUUUCUUUUUAAAGGGUGUUCACACUUU